AUGAUCAAUCAUCACCCUCAGUGGGGCCCACCCGUCGGCUGGUCCCGUUUCGCCUACGCGGAAUAUGUCACCAACACGCUCUAUUUGUGUAAUUCAGUCAUGCUCUUUGAGGCUCUACAUCGCCUAGGGAGUAAACCUGACCGUUUGAUGAUGUACCCUUCCGCCUUCUUGCAGGACGAGAAGGACGAUUCUACCGAGCCGACUGCUUCGCAAGGCACGGGACGAAUAUGGAGUCAAGCUGAUGCCGAUAGAGGUGCAAAGUCGAGACAAGGCAGUUCAGCUACCUGGGCGGACAGCUAUACCAAGCUUCUCGCUUUCAACCAGACACAAUACGAUCGCGUCCUGAGUUUAGACUCGGACUCCACCAUCUUGCAAACCAUGGAUGAGCUCUUCUUCUCUCCGCCGUCCCCUGUGGCAAUGCCCCGGGCCUACUGGCUCAAUUUCAGCGAUCGAAUUCUCAGCUCGCAGCUUAUCCUCGUCCGGCCGACGAACUUCGAAUUUAAUCGUAUCCUGAAAGCCAUCUCGGAGGCGGGAAACACCGACUAUGACACGGAGAUUGUAAAUAAUUUAUACCGCGACAGUGCCCUCAUUCUUCCCCAUCGACCGUAUGAUAUCUUGACGGGGGAAUUCAGAUCCAAAAGACACACCGAUUAUUUGGGAAAUCCUCUUGAGUCGUGGGAUCCCGUGGCCGCGUUUCAAGAAGCUAAGUUCCUUCACUUCUCGGACUGGCCCUUCCCGAAGUCUUGGAUCGCUGCCAGUCCAGCCACCGUUGAAGAAAAACAACCUACAUGCGACUUGAACAUUAAUAUUAGCUCGGAUGGGUUAAGCUCUCAUGAUCUCACCAACUUUUCCUUUCUGGAAAACGAAACAACUUUGAGACAGAAACUUUUAGGGAGUAAGAAGUAA